AUGUUCCCCCGCGAGGCCAACCCAACGGGGCCACGCGCCGAUACCCGGAUGGGCGUCGUCCAGAGGUGGGCCGGCCAUGGAAGCGCGUGGGCCUCGAUGUGCCCGACCAUGAUGCGUGGCGGCCAUCGACGUCAGUCCUCGGGUCGUCCGCCCAGCGCACCGGGCUGCUGA